UAUGUGUCGCUUUUAGUUAUCAGCAGUUUUCAGCAGCUGACGAGAAACGUAUUUAUUUAUCAAUACACUCAAGUAUAAUUACUCAAAAUAUUGUAAUUAUCCAAGUGAAAUGCAAACCAGAACCUUGUCAAUUAUUGACUUUUUCCUUGUGAGUGUAUUUUCUCAUAGAAAAGACAUUUUCCUGCAACAACAAUAAAUUAAUAUUGUUUUUGUCUUCGUUUUCUUUUUUUGUUUUUGGUGUGUGUGUGUGUUACUUUUACAAUCCAAUGACAGGAUUUUGUGUAUAUCGUAAAUGAAGAAAUGAGAAGUGAUUCAAUAAAGUUUGUGAAAAAGUAAAGAAGACAAUGGACCCGAGGGCCCCUCCAGAAGGGGCCCCUGGUGAUACUCUGGAGAUGGCUGGCAUCGACAAAAUAUCCGAUGAAACUUGGUCCUCUGACAAUAAUGUACCAUCGCCUCUCUGUGAGCAACGCAAGAAAAUGAACAACAAAUUACUAUUUUUAACGGUCGAGUAUGUGGAGGAUCAAACGCGUGAUUAUGCUCGUAUGUUUUCGGUAUAUGAACCUGUUUCCUAUUCACCAAGAGCAUCAUCGCCACUUUCUGAAUUUGAACAUCGUGUUAGUCCUCAUGAUCCAAAUAUGAGUUCAGCAGCAAGAUAUUCACCAACUCCCGUUCAAUUACCACCAUCGCCAUUUCAAAAUUCCGUUGUUGUUCUUCAAAAUUCAUCAACAUCAUUAAAUUCCUCAUCAGAAACGAAUAAUACAACAAAUAUAAAUUUUGUCGCCGAAUUAACUGACCAAAAUACUUCGCCAAACAUUCCACAAAAUGACAACACAACAGAUUUCGUUGAGUCAAACAAUGAAGAGGGCCUCGUUCCUGGAAAUGAAUUAAUCCUCAUGCAGGGUACAAAUUCUGAAUUGGAACCAUCGGCACCACCAUUAAUGUUAACGGGUUCAGAUUUUGCGCUAACUCGUGAUUUUCUUGUAAUGCACGAUGAUCAAAUAAGUGUUAUGAAUUCAUUUAAAAGUGAAAAUUUGGAAAUUAGCGAAACCUACAUUCCAAGUCCAAUGCAAAAUCUCAAUACAAGCGAGGAAAUUGAUUUAUGUUCAACAGUUGAGCCGGAAAAAAUUUUAAAUACAAUGAAAAUUGUUGACAAUCUUUUAGAAACAAAGAAUGAGGAGACAUCAAAAAAAAUUGUUCGUAGAUCUAAACGACAGAUUAAUGAUAAAAAGACUUAUUGGUGUACAGAGUGUGAUAGUAUUUGUGCCGAUGAAGACGGUUGUAUGUCACAUAAUGUUCAGACAAUUGCAGAUCAACCAGUUCCUUCGCGUGCAAUAGCAACACUUCCCAGUUCUUAUUUGUCGAUUAAUAAAUUAAAUUCCAACGAUUCAUUGGAACAGAAUUAUGGUGUUUUUGCGAAGAAAAUUAUUCGUAAACGAACACAAUUUGGUCCAAUUGAAGGAAUUUUGUGUGCCUAUGAUGGCACUUUGUUUUCAAAUGUUUUACCAUUAUUGUUCGAGAAUGAAGACGGUGAUUUCUUCAAAGUUGAUGUAUCAAAUGAAAACACUUCAAAUUGGAUGCGUUUUGUUCGUCCAGCUUUAACUUAUAAAGAUCAGAAUUUAAUGAUUUGUCAGCAGAAUGAAGGUAUUAUUUUUCUCACCACAAGGGAUAUUUUACCAAAAGAGGAAUUAAGAGCCGGUCCUAAUCCGGAAUAUGCAAAAAAGCGUAAUUUAAAAAUUUUGGAAGCUGAUACAGAAAAUGCAAAUGACACAAAUGGCGAUUCAUGGCCCUGUUUCGAGUGUAAUCGUCAAUUUCCAACGUCGGGAACGUUACAAAGUCACUUGAAUGUUCAUGACAGUCCUCGUAAUGAAUCAAAAGCAAGAAGCAAACGCAGGAAGCUUCAUAUCGCUUCCAAUAAACUCUUCAAAGUUGUUAACGAUCAAAAAAUUCUCUACACAUGUCCACAUUGUUCGAAAGUAUUUUCACGAAGUUACAGUUUAAAACGUCAUUUAUUAAUACAUCCAAAUAAUAAAACAACAUCAUCAUGUUAUGAAUGUUCAAAGUGUGGUGAAAAUUUCUUAUAUUCAAAUAAUCUUUGUCGUCAUAUGAAAAUAUGUCAAAAUGAAAAUGAAAAAAAUAAGGAGAAGGGAAAGGAAAAUUCUGGUCAAAAUUCUGAAUGGAAAUGUACAAUUUGUAAUUUGACAUUCUAUAAAGAAUCGUUGUUUGAUCUACAUAAAAUUGGACACAAUGAUAAUAUUUUAGAGAAUGGAUGUAAAUUUAUCGUUUGUCCUGAAUGUGGAGUAAAAUUUGAAAAACAAAACGAGCUUAUUAAACAUGUAUCACAACAUGGUAAAAUGCCAAUGAAAAAAAUUACAAACACCACUAAUAAUACAUCGGCUGCCUAUAAAUGCUCAAUGUGCUAUAAACGUUUUGCCACUAAAGUUCGACUUCAACAACAUUGUUUGGUUCACGGUGCUGAGGAUCAAAAACCACUGCCAUGUAAUAUUUGCUUUAAACGUUUUAUGAAUAAUUCGGCACUCUCUUGUCAUCUCAAAACACACAGAAAAGAGAAACAAAUGUUCGAAUGUCCAAUGUGCAAAGUAUUAUUCGAUCAAAUUUUAAUGCUUAAAGAUCAUGUUGAAACGCACAGAAAUCAGGACGAUACAUUUACUUGCCCUCACUGCCAGCGAAAUUUUACUAAAUAUUCAGUUAUUCGAAAACACAUUAGAGCUCAUCAUUGUGAACGUAAACAUAAAUGUACAUUUUGUGUAAAACGUUUUCCCACUGUUGAUAAAUUACGAAUGCAUUUAUUACGACAUUCAGAUCACAGAGAAUUUCAAUGUGCUAUCUGUGGAAAACGAUUCAAAAGAAAGGACAAAUUAAAGGAACACGUGACGAGAAUGCACAAUUCUCAACGACCAAAUAAAGAAGCAACGUCGCCAAUAAAUCAAGUUAAAAAAUUUGUGCCAAAAGUUAAUCCAACUGAAUACGAUCGUUUUGUAUACAAAUGUCAUCAAUGUUUAGUUGGUUUCAAAAGACGAGGUAUGCUCGUUAAUCAUUUGGCGAAAAGACAUCCAGAUGUUCCGCCAGAAUCUGUACCUGAACUUAAUUUACCAAUUUUAAGACAGACGAGAGAUUAUUAUUGUCAAUAUUGCGAAAAGGUUUACAAGAGCAGUAGCAAACGAAAAGCACAUAUUAUGAAAAAUCAUCCUGGUGCUGCAUUACCACCGAGUAAUCGUCAUAAGGAAACAGACAUUCCUGGCUUGCCGAAUUCUACUUUUAGUCAAACUGUCGGAAGUGUUACGACAACACCACAAGGUUGUCAAUGGUGUCAUAAACAAUAUGCUAGUAAAGCAAAAUUAUUGCAACAUCAACGCAAAAAGCAUUCAUCAUUAAUGGAGCCAGCGGAUCAGGUUCCACGACCGCGAAAUCGACCUACUCAUAAUUCAAAUGAUGAAUUGGUAUUGGGUAAUAUUAACUUUGUAAUGACAAACAAUGUGAAUUUGAUAAAUGAUGAAUUCGACUCGGUUAGUCAACAAUUUGUUCGUAUGCGUGAUAUACGUUGAAGAGACACUCGAUUCACAUUUGUAAAAUGUGGGUUUUCUUUCAAAAAAAAAAACAAACAAACAAACAAAAAUUUCUCGAGAUAUGAAUCUCUUGGCUUUGUGCACAGCACUAAAUACAAAAAAAAAAAUAACGGCUGUGCUUUUCACUGCUGCCGUUUAAAUACCAAAUUAAAAUCGAGACGGAGAAAUCAAAAAAAAAAAGUUUCCGUCCCGUGGGUAUUUGUGGUACGCAGUUUGUUGGCGUCGACGCGAAACGUUGUCGCUCACCCUGGAAUUAUUUUUUCGGGUGUCGUCGUGUCUAUUUCAUCAUCUUGAUCGGUUAAAAGAAAAAGUCCACAAAAAAAAAAGUCGAUCCGGUGAGUAGUGCAAAUUUUUUGUCGAAAGUGGAGCUCUCUCUUACUCUCUUUCUAUACAUAUAAUAAAUAUAAAUAUAAAUCUCUCUCAAAGAUGUGCACGGAUUCUUGAAUUUGUGAAAAAAAAAAAAAUUAACGAAUAGAAGAGUCCACGUGAAAUUAUUUCACAAAAUAGAAUUUUUGAGCAGCGUCAUUUUUUUCUCUGUGAUUUCAAAAUAAAUGAAUUCGACGCUCAAAAAGAAAAAGAAAAAAUGGUUUGUUAGAUUUCAGCUUAAAAAAUUGUGAAUUCCUGCCUACAUUUCGAUGUCAGUUUGUAGCAAUACUUCUGUCCAUUUGGAAGUUAAAAAAAAAAAAUAGUAGAAAGUGGAUUUCAAUAGAAUCGGUUCGAAAAAUAAAAGAAAAAGUCGAAAAAUCAAUAAAUGGGUCAAUUUUAAAAGAGAAAGUAAUGUUCUAAUAAACAUUUGUGUGCGAAUUUUUGCCGAAAUAAGGAUAUUUUAUUUUACACGUAGUAAUUACAAUAUCCGUUACAUUAUCUCUCUCAUGUGCAAGAAAAAUGUUUUUUGCUAUUCCGUGCCGAGGGCAAACGGACGAAAAAAAAAAAAAAAUAUUGUAACAAUCGCAUGGAAUAAAAUUACUUUACGAUGUG